CCAGAUUCGUCUUUAAUGCCCAGGGUCUUCUUCAGCCUUUCUAGCUCUUUUUUACCGUACCGUUCUCGUUUUAUGGCCCUGCAUUUUCUCUUCCAUUUGCUUCUGAUACUUUUUGCCAUGUCGCACACUUAACCACAAUCGAUCACGUUUUGUCACCACUUGUCAGGUCACAAAAAGAAAACAGAAAAAUAGAAAUAGAGCUGUGUUUGGGUUCACAAAUCACAUAAGACUGAAGAAGUGGAAGCUGCACGUUAAGCAAUGGCAACACCUUUGACGUUUGUCAGAUGGUUGCGCCGCCUACUUUCCUGGAGACCUGGAGGCACUAUUGAAAGAAUGCUAAGAAUGCGCCUGAAAUAAAAAUAGAGAAUCUCGGAUCCCGGCAAGCAGCACGUCAGGUGAUGCCGGUAGUACAGUUACCUCGAUUUUGCCUGAAGAGGAUCACCUUGGUGUUGUCAGUUCGCCAAUAAAACGAUUCACCUCCUCACUAGUUUUGACUUUUCUAUGCAAAUGGAAGAGGGAUAGAGGUAAAGGUUAUGUGUGUAUAUAUGUUUUGUGGGUUAUGUUUUUAUUUACAAUAAACGUCAAAUCAGGGCAUUUUGGUAAAUUUAUUGUGAUUUUUAAAGUGACUUCAGGAUAAUGAGUGGAGGUCUAGCUCCAAGCAAAAGCACAGUAUAUGUCUCUAAUUUACCUUUUGAAUUGAAGAACAAUGACCUUCAUAAAAUAUUUGAAAAAUAUGGACGGGUAAUAAAAGUGACUGUUAUGAAAGAUAAAGUAUCUAGAAAAAGUAAAGGUGUAGCAUUCAUACUGUUCUUAAGCCUAGAAGAUGCUAAGAAAUGCAUUGAUGAAACUAACAAUAAAGAGAUGUUUGGUAGAAUAUUGAAAGCAAGCUUAGCAAAGGACAAUGGCAGGACUGCCGAAUUUAUCAGAAGAAGGGAAUAUCCAAAUAAAACCAGAUGCUUUGAAUGUGGAGAAUUUGGACACUUAAGUUACAAGUGUGAGAAAAAUUUGCUUGGUGAAAGAGAAAUGCCAGCCAAAAAAUCCAAAAAAAAAAAAAGUUCAAAAAGGAAAAACCAGCAUCAAGUGAAGUUUGUGAUGAAGAUAGUAAUGAAGAGCUAGAUGAGGUUGUUGAUGAAGAGACUUUAAGUGCAGCUAUUGCAGCAGAGCAAGAAAAAAUUGAGUUAGAACAAUACAGGUACAAAGUGGCAACAGGAAAUUAUGAUGAAGAUGGCAACAGGAUAAGUUCAAAAAAGAAAAUUAGGAAGAGUGGGUAUUUUAGUGAUGAAGAGGAGGAAAUUCAUUCUGAUUAAUAGAAUAUGAUUUACUUGCGAUAAAUAAAUAAAUCCUGAGUCAAAUGAAUUACUGCAAUUGAUAACUUAUAGUUGUAAUAAUGAACUUAUAUUGAUAUUGAUAAUAUCUCAUAACUUCACCAUAUUAUUUAGAUCUACAAUAAUAGAUACUGUCAAAAUUGAUGCAAUUGGCUGAAUUUGUCAUAUUAUUAUACAAUAUUUUACCAUGAAAAUAUAAAAAUUCUACAACGAACUAAUAUUUUAUGUUUUGCUAUCAUCCUUAUCAUUAUCCUUAUCACCAUCAUAAAAUUCGUUUUUUGCCUCCACCAUUCUAUCCUCUAAAUCUUGACUGAUUCUGACGUCAGGAUCUUCUUCUUCUUUCAUUUUUUCAUCCUCUGAGAUUGCAGGUCCUG